GGCUCGGCGUCGCCUCGCGGCCCACUCCCGCGCACCGCGGCGCGGCGGCUCCCGGGGAAGUCCUCGUGCCCCGGAGGCGGCCGGGCGGCCGUCCCGCCCGUCGCCGCGUCUCCACUUCCGCGUGGUCGACUUCCGGUGGCCGCCAUCUUGCUGCUGCGGCGGGCGGCGGAAGGCCGCGGGUUGGUGGGAGCUCAGGCCGCGGCGGGGGACCUUGCGGCCGCCGUCAUGCCGUCGUCGCCGCUGCGGGUGGCGGUGGUGUGCUCGAGUAACCAGAACCGGAGCAUGGAGGCCCACAACAUCCUCAGCAAGCGAGGAUUCAGCGUACGUUCCUUUGGUACAGGAACUCAUGUGAAGCUUCCAGGACCAGCACCAGACAAGCCCAAUGUCUAUGAUUUCAAAACCACAUAUGACCAGAUGUACAAUGAUCUUCUCAGGAAAGACAAAGAACUCUAUACGCAGAAUGGCAUUUUACAUAUGUUGGACAGAAAUAAGAGAAUCAAGCCCCGACCAGAAAGGUUCCAGAACUGCAAGGACCUGUUCGAUUUGAUACUCACUUGUGAAGAGAGAGUCUAUGACCAGGUGGUGGAAGAUCUGAACUCCAGAGAGCAGGAGACUUGCCAGCCAGUCCAUGUGGUCAAUGUGGACAUCCAGGACAACCAUGAAGAGGCCACCCUCGGGGCCUUUCUCAUCUGUGAGCUGUGCCAGUGUAUCCAGCACACGGAGGACAUGGAAAAUGAGAUUGAUGAGCUGCUGCAGGAGUUCGAGGAGAAGAGUGGCCGAGCCUUCCUGCACACGGUGUGCUUCUACUGAGCCGCCCUCGGUGCCUCCUGCGGAGCCAUCUGAAGCCCCUUAGUUAACGUGUUUCCUUCACUGUACUCGUUCUUACCCUGGUGAUGUGUGGGUGGACUGUGGUGGUCCAUCCUGUCAUGUACAUACGACAAUGAGAAGUACACACAAAGGCCAGUUAAAAACCAUUCUUUUCAGCCCCACUUUUCUUUAACCAAAAAAGAC